AUGGACGAACUGUCAGCAAUAGCAUCGUCAACAACGCCGCCUUAUGAUGUCAUUGCUGUCUCUGAAACAUGGUGUACCCAGCACGACCCAGACUCCCUGUUUGCCCUCAGUGGAUACACACUACAUCGUGCAGACCGCCCAGACCGCCAAGGUGGAGGAGUGAUUCUCUACGUGAACGACACUAUACCUCAUGAACUCGUCCCUACAACAACCCCAGACAGCUUUGACCUAUUAUCGCUGAAACUGUCAGCCAACGACAGCACCAUCAACACAACAUGCGUCUACCGACCACCCCGUUGCGACCAUCGGCUAUUCUGCCAGCACCUUGAGGAACUGAUACGAGCCAUACCAACAACAACGCAAAAGAUUAUCCUCGGUGAUUUUAAUGCAAAGAACGCCGCUUGGUGCCACUCUGACACGACAGAUGCUGUUGGCGAGGAUCUAGCAGUGCUGUUCCAAACUUACUCUCUACACCAACAUGUCACAUUCCCCACUCUUGUGCAGAAUGGGCACCCUAAAUCCUGCCUAGAUCUCGUCGUCACGGAUGUAGACAGCGACUAUGUCCUUAUCUCUAGUCUCCCGCAGAUCGGCAACUCGGACCACCUAUCCAUCAGGGGUUUAAUCAAGCCAGUCGCUGCACCCCCUCGAGCCGUACCACCUCCCACCCAUAACACCACCCAUUGGAAAUGGUCAAACCCAAGCAUCAGCAGUCUGAAAGCCGAAAUUGAACGCACACAACUGCUACCGGAAGGUGACACCCUGAACACUACCAACAUAGACAACCUGUGGCACUCAUGGAAGGACAAAGUCCUCACUUGCGCCCGCAAACACUGUGCAGUACCUCACUCCCCGAGGCAUACUAGCCACCCCGCAAAGCCAUGGCUGAACCCAGAGCUCACUAACGCCAUCAGAGAAAAACACCGGCUCUACCGUGCCUACUUGCGCACCCGGACGCCCUGCAACUGGACAGCAUACACCACCCAACGCAACAAAGUUACUCACCUUCUCCGAAUCGCUAAGUCUACAUAUGUCAGUAAUGGCACUGGGACGAGCCACUCCACACCAAACCUACACAAACUGAUGCGAGGCCUCCAGUCCUCACAACGACCUACUCUGCCAGACAUGCUCUCCCAGGGCCAGACUCUCUCAACCCCCGCUGAAAAAGCAACCGCCCUGAACGCUUUCUUCAUCUCGCAGAGCCAACACACAUUUAUAGCUCUAUUGCGCCCAGCCUACGUGAUUAACUCCCAAUUAGUAUUGCCAUCGCUACUGCCUCAGCAAGCAGCUAAACCUUGA